CGUCACCAGUUUCCAUAGCUACCCGUUGUGUUGUCGGCUGCUGUUAUUCAAAAGGCUUCCUAUACUAAAAAGUAGUGUAUCUUUGUAUCUGUAAAUACACAUUAGUAAUUCAGUCAUUUACCUCGAAAGCGCGAACAGGGAACGUCAUUGUGUAUAGUUGCAACAGGUAUAAACUGAACAACAAAAUAUGCCCGUAGCCGUGAAGAAAUUACCGGAUAAGGAAUAUAUAACUAACCUUAUACCCGCAGAACAUAUACCUGAACCGAAGCCACCCAGAUAUAUAUCAAAAUAUCGCCCUCAGGUGAAGGUUGAAAAGAAACGAACCCAAGAAAUUGCCAAAACUAUGGGCCCAGCCAAAGUGGAAAUUCCAGACACGAAGAAUUUUCUGAGGAAAAAUUCAAAAAAAGCUGUCAAUGUGAAGCCGGCGGCGGCAGAGAAGUCAUCGCAGGACAGGACGACGUGUACGACCAAGAAGCCCAGCUUGCCUAGCAAAGACAAUGUGCCCAUGUGUGGAAUGAAGACUACAAAGAACUUCAUCACAGAGAAUGCCAUUGAAAUAAUCACAUCGCUGCCCAAGAAAGUCACCCAGAAGUACUGCGACACUCGAAAUGGGGAUAAACACCUCUUGCUGCCAUCCGGUAUCAAACCCCUUUUUAUUCAGAAGAAGGAUUACGGCCAGAUUCCAGCUUACCUGAAGAAACGACGGGAGGACGUGAAGAUGCUACACGGGCGGUACGAAGCAGCUGUGAAGAAGCAGAUCGAAGACAACACUAUGAAACAGCUGAGCGAAGAAGAGCGAGAGGAGUUACUGAGUGGCUUGAAGAAGAAUUGGGAAGCUGUGCACCACGACUUCCAGGGCCUCUCGGUUGUCAUAGAUACCAUCCGAAAGAAGCACUUAAAAGAAAAACUGGAGAUGUUGAUGAAACAGCUUGAGCAAGAUAUAGCUUUGAUUGAGAAACACAAGAGGAUAUAUUUGGGAAACGAUCCUGACGGCUGUCAAUACUGAAAGAUAAACAUAUCUGAUU